CCGCUCGUCUCUAAUAGUUGUGCUGCAUAUCGCGUGACUAGUCGCUUCCGGGGAGCCAGUAGAAACUUACAGUUUAAAGAAAAUGCUGGUGCUUGUAUUGGGUGACCUGCACAUUCCCCACCGAUGCAAUACCCUGCCAGCCAAAUUCAAAAAGCUGCUGGUGCCAGGCAAGAUUCAGCAUAUUCUCUGCACUGGGAACCUCUGCACAAAGGAAAGCUAUGACUACCUCAAAACGCUGGCUGGAGAUGUGCACAUCGUCAGAGGGGACUUUGAUGAGAACCUGAAUUACCCAGAGCAGAAGGUGGUAACUGUGGGGCAGUUUAAAAUUGGGCUGAUCCAUGGACACCAGGUGAUCCCGUGGGGUGACAUGGCCAGCCUUGCCCUGUUGCAAAGACAGCUGGAUGUGGACAUCCUCAUCUCGGGCCACACACACAAGUUUGAGGCCUUCGAGAAUGAGAACAAGUUCUACAUCAACCCUGGCUCAGCUACGGGAGCCUAUAAUGCGCUGGAGAGCAACAUCACACCAUCUUUUGUUCUGAUGGACAUCCAAGCAUCCACGGUUGUCACGUAUGUGUACCAGCUCAUUGGCGAUGACGUAAAGGUCGAGAGAAUCGAAUACAAGAAGUCGUAAGAGAAUGACGGAGAAUGCCGGUUGCCUUUGUUCAGGAUUCUGUUAUCUCCUUUCUCCUUGACCACGGCCCAGGACGUGAGCCCAGAGCAGAUGCUAUACCACAACGUUCUCCUACUUCAGUGACGUGUAUAAUACUGUUUAUAUGCCAUCUGUAUUUGCUUGUCUUCUCUUCAUCAGCAAAUGGUUGUUUAGAAUGCAAUAAUGUUUUAUUUGCUUAAUAUUAGUACAGUAUACUUGUGCUGUUUUUCAUGUUUAUGUCCUGUUUUUCAAGGCCUUCUCUGCUUUAAGGCCUUAAUUCAAAAAUAUUUCAUACAAUAAAGUCACAUAUCAUGUAUA